AGAGAGCAUGCGCAGCGCUGGUGAACCGUGGAGGGAGAGAUUCGGUCGGAACAUCAUGGCGGGUGUGACUACUCUCAGGUUCGCGGAGAAAGGAGGAUGGAUCUGGGAGCGUGGAUUGGGAUGUUUUAUAAACACCCUGAGAACAACUUAAGCAAGAAAAAGUUACUGUUGCAUCGACUGAACCAGCCACAGUUUCUCGUCGGUUAGGCCUUAUUCGGUGGCCGCCAUCUUUAUAGAAAGUCACUGUGGACAAUGCGCAUGCUCAAUGCUGCCGACCAAUCAGGGAGUUCCUAGCUCUGCUCCCAGCCUUCACAGUGACGUCAGGCCGCAGCCCAGCCCACGUUCUAAUUGGUUGAAGGAGACAAGACAGAAACCCUGAGAACUGAUCCUCCCCUUCCCCGGUGCAGAGCCCAAAGACCAAAAACAAGCUGCAGAUCACGCGUUUACAGACCUGAAGCUUCUCCCGAGGAAUAGGCUCAUAUUCGUGGUCACCAUCCUGGCUAUAUGUUGAGCAGGACGUAAGUUUAGCUAUCUUGCUAAUCCAAGAGUGGGCUAAAGAAAUGAAUUCAACCACAUUAGACGUGGAGAAUACGCGGGGUGAUGGAAAGGAUGGACCCAAGGCUUUGGAUUUCAGCUCAGGGAUGACGGUGUUUUGUGGGAUUGGUGACUUACACUUUUGAUGAACCGCACAGUUUCCAUACAAAUUGGAAUUCUUAGUUUUAAAUUGCUGUCCUAUGCUUUUGGUGGACAGUUUUGUGAACGUCUUUCCCAAGGUUAUUUUUUAAGAGUUCUUAGUAUCAUGGGUCUUUGAAUGCACCAGGGGAAAUGUUUGUCUGUGCUGACCUGGCUAUAAUAUUUCACCCAAGAGUGUGAGCUGUGGAAAGAGCUUUAAACAGUUACAAAACUUCAAAACGAACAUUACACUAUUCAAAACAGGAGAAACUCUUCAAGUGUUGUGUUCACAACCUAGAGAAACACAGGGCACAUGUGCCAUGGAAAAACCAUGGAAAUGUGAGGAAUGUGGUAAAGGAUUUGAUUACCCAUCGCUGCUGGAAAACCAUCGACGUUAUCACACUGGAGAGAAGCCAUUUAUUUGUUCUGUGUGUGGGAAGGCAUUUACUCAGUCAUCUGGCCUUUGGUCACACCAGCGAGUUCACACUGAGGAAAAGCUGUUCCGCUGCACUUCCUGCGGAAAGAGAUUCAGGCAUUCUUCUGCUCUUACUGUGCACCAACGCACCCACAACGGAGAAAAACCAUUCACUUGCUCUGAGUGUGGGAAGGGAUUCACUCAUUUAUCCACCCUCCAGGCACACCAGCGAGUACACACUGGGGAGAAGCCAUUCACCUGCUCAGAGUGUGGGAAAGAUUUCACUCAGUUGUCCACCCUCCAAAUACACCAGCGAAUUCACACUGAGGAGAAGCUGUUCAGCUGCACAUCCUGUGGAAAGAGGUUCAGACAUUCUUCUGCCCUCACUGUGCAUCAACGCACUCACACUGGGGAGAGGCCGUUCACCUGCUCUGACUGUGGGAAGAAAUUCACUCAGUCUUUUCAUCUUCAGGCACAUCAACGCAUUCAUACAGGGGAGAGACCUUUCUCCUGCUCUGUGUGUGGGAAGGGAUUCAUUGUUUUACCCACUCUGCUGAGACACCAGCGAAUUCAUACAGAUGAGAGGCCUUUUAAAUGCCCCGAUUGUGAGAAGGGUUUCAAAAGUUCCCAGGAGCUGACACUCCAUCAACGUAUUCACACCAAUGAGAGGCCAUUCAAGUGCUCUCACUGUGGGGCUGGAUUCAGGAGAUCAUCUGACCUCAUUCUCCACCAACGCAUUCACACUGGGGAGAGGCCAUUCACCUGCUCAGAGUGUGGAAAGGGAUUCACUCGGACAGCCAAUCUUCUGAAACACCAGCGAUUUCACACUGAGGAAAGACCAUUCACCUGCUCAGAGUGUGGGAAAGGAUUUACUCAGUCCUCCACUCUGCUGACACACCAGCAAGUUCACACCACUGAAAGACCUUUCAAAUGUCCAGACUGUGGGAAGUGCUUUAAAAUUUCCGGGGAGCUGAUGCGCCAUCAACGUGUUCACACUGAUGAGAGACCAUUCAGGUGCUCUCACUGUGGGACUGGCUUCAAACAAUCAUCUCAACUCAGUAUGCAUCAGAGAAUUCACACUGGAGAGAGGCCAUUCACCUGUUCCGAGUGUGGGAAGGGUUUCACUCGAUCAUCCCAUCUGAUGAUGCAUCAGCAGAUUCACACUGGAGAGAGGCCAUUCCGGUGCUCCACGUGUGAAAAGAAAUUCACUCACUUAUCCAACCUGCGGAGACACCAGCGAGUUCACACGGGGGAGAAGCCAUUCGCCUGCUCAGAGUGUGGGAAGGGAUUCACUCGGUCAUCUAACCUGCUGACCCACCAGCGACACAGUCACACUGAGGAGCGACGGUGGAAAUGUGGCGAUUGUGGAAAGGGAUUUCUUUAUCCAUCCAGGCUUGAACUUCACCAACGCAGUCACACUGGGGAGAAGCCAUUCACCUGCUCUGAUUGUGGAAAGGGAUUCACUCGGUCAUCCAGCCUGCGGAUCCACCAGUGGGUUCACACUGGGGAGAGACCAUACGCUUGCUCAGUGUGUAGGAAACCAUUCGCCGAGUCAUCCAGUCUGCUGAAACACCAGCGAAUUCACACUGGGGAGAGGCCCUUCACCUGCUCUGAUUGUGGGAAGGGAUUUACACUAUCAUCCAAUCUGCGGAUCCACCAGCGAGUUCACACUGGGGAGAGACCAUUCACUUGCUCCCACUGUGGGAUGGGAUUCAGUCAGUUAUCUAGCCUGCAGAUACACCAGCGAGUUCACACUGGGGAGAGACCGUUCAUCUGCUCCCUUUGUGGGAAAGGAUUCAGUCAGUCAUGCAACCUCCUGAUACACCAGAGAGGUCACUCUGGGGAGAGACCAUUCACCUGUUCUGAAUGUGGGAAGGGAUUCAUUCGCUCAUCUAACUUGCUGGAGCACCAACGAGUUCAUACUGGAGAGAAGCCAUUUACCUGCUCCGACUGUGGGAAGGGAUUUACCCAAUCAUCCCACCUGCGGAGACACCGGCGAGUUCAUGCUGGGGACAAACAUUCACUCAGUCAACUCACCUGUUGAUACAGCAGCCUAUUCUCUGUGAAGAGACUGUUCACUUCUUCAGUGUGUGGGAAGGGAUUUCAAACUGUUUAUGCACCAGUGAAAUGACACUGGGUAGAUCCCGUUCACCUGCUGUGUUUAUGCAAAAGGUUUUGCUGUUUCCUGACACAGCACCAAUUUCAUGAAGAACGACAGGUGGAGGAUUUUGCUUUUCCUCACAGCAAGGAAUGAACCUUGGUCAUUGGGCUACUUGUAUUGAUAUUACCAAACCCUGCUCCAUUAAACGGGCUGACACUGCAGAUAAAAAGAUGAUACAACUGUCUGUCAGUAGAAUAGGUUUUAGAAAUUGCCAUGUGGCUGUCCAUCAACACACUUAUGCUGGGUAAAGAGUAUCCACCUGCAUAUUGUUUGUAAAGUGAUUUUGAAGUUUACCAGGAUUGGUUAAACAAGAGUGUUCCCUAGUAAUUGUCCGUGUUGGAUUUUGAUGCUAUUCUUCUCUAAAUCCAAACCAUGCUUUUGGACGCUAUUUCUGAUUAUGUUUGUAAAACCACAGAUUCAGUUAUUUAU